UUGUUAUUCAUCUUUUCUCACAGCUUCGUGAUUAUGAAUAACUUAUCUUCGAUGCAGUUGAAAGCUCUUCACAAAAGCUGAGGUAAUAAUAUUGACGGCAGCUUAUCAGGCCUAUCAAUUAUUGUAUUUGUUCAACAGUAGUUUUGGUAUGUCUUCACCAAAUUUACUUUUAUUUGGAUUAGUUUGUUGCUUGUCAAUCCUGGUUCCUCCAUAUUCAGCUGAAAGUCUACCGGUACUGGAUGAAGAUGAUCUACCUGAAGUUGAAGCCCCCUGGUCCGAUGAGAACGAUGCCGUGUGUACAUGCUGUGACCCUCCAGUUAGGAGAGGAGAUGUCAUUACAGAUGAAAAUGAAUUACAGGCUAUUUAUAUGAAGAUGAAACCAAUUGAAUUCUCAAUCGGGUGGGUCUUACGGUUUUUUGGAUUAAAAAUGGAACCAGGACAUAUAAAAUACUCAAAAUGGCUCAAGAAAUCAAGGAAGCUGGGAAACAAUGAUCUAAUACAUUCAAUGCUGAAAGAUAUUUUAAAGCAGGUUCACUCGAGUCCAGUACAACCUGAACAGGAGGACGAUAAACCACAGGACUCUAAAGAAGAAGAAGAAAGCCGGAAAGAUACUGUUUUGGCACCCACUACAAUUGUAGUACAUACUACCAAAACAUCUGCACCGAGAAAAAGGUUUACCAUGCCUGUAAAUCCUGAUGGAAGCCCUUAUGAUGAUGCACUUAUGUUAGAAUGUGCUGUGAAAAAUCAAUUAUUUGAAGAUGAAUUUUUUGCGUUUCUAACGGACCAAAGACUUUUAGAAAAGAACAAUCGUAUCAUGUGUUUUCUUUUCUGCAUUUAUUAUGGAACAAGUCUUGUUAAUGAAAAUGGCAAGCAAAAAAAAGUGGCUAUUAAAAGCAAGAUUUUACUUGCCCGAGGUGCACUGGCAAUUUUGCCUAAAUUUCUGCCAAAAGUAUUCCUUGUAGACAACCCCCAGAAAAAGGCCACCUUAGCCUUGAAUAUAAUUGAAGCUUGUUUGGAUUCUGUCAAAGUUACUGAUGAAGUGGAUAAGAAGAAUAAAUGUGCUUACAGCUACUAUUUAACACAAUGUGUAUUUACACAUGAUGAAUUUGACCAGAUAAGGAAUUACAUCCAAAACGUUAGAACGAGAGUGAAGCAGGAAAAGAUGGCGCAAUUGGAUGGAGCCAGCAAAGAUAAUGGGACUAUCACUAAUUAGCAUAUUAGCAUGUUUGCAGACAAAGUGAAAGGAUUGUUUCCUCAAUUUACUUUCCUCAUAUAUUAGUUGUGCUUCUUUAGUCUAAGUCUCUCAAAGCCCAAGUUUCUUUAAUUGUUCAUUUGAUUAUAAUUGUCAUGAGUAGGGGAAUGAUUGAGCAUUUAAAUAGAGAUUAACAUUGUUCAGAUUACAGAAAUCAAAAUGUGACCUGUUAGCACUUAUAACAUUUUUCCUAUUCUUUGAAAUCCAAGAAUAAUGAAUCUAGGUUUUAAUAUGUUCAAAGUUAUUGUCUUAACUGUCCAUUGAAGAUUGGUAGUUUCAGGUAAUUGUGGAAAUUCAGGUGAAUGUGGUUUAGUGCUGAGGUUGGUGUUCCUUAAGAAAGGGAGUUGUAAUAGGUCUCAAUAUAAAAAUAUCAGAGAUUCUGAGUGCUUGUUGCUGAGUUUCAGAAAAAGUUGAGUUGAGUUAGACUGAUCCUUUGACAAAUGGAUUUACUGAAAAAAUUUAUUCUUGUAGCUUUUUGAUAAAAUUAACGGUUUCUUAGUUAUUCAAGAAAUUGGAUCUACUUUUUCCAUAAGAUCCUUAUUUUCUGUUCAAUCUUGACAAAUGGGGUGUUGAUGGAUUCGUUAUUAGAUUUACUGGAAAAAGUUAUUCUUGUAAUUUUUUUGUAAAAUUAACGGUCUCUUAGUUAUUCAGGAAAUAAAAAAAAAGCUGGAUCUAGUUUUUUCCAGAAAAGUGGGAAUGAGGAUCUUCAUUUGAGAUUUAUUGUGAGAUUAGGGGUAUGGCUAGGUUAAGUUAGUUCAGAUUACAUUGGGUUGGGCAAGGUUAGAACCAAGAAUCAGCUUUGGGGUAGAUUUGGGGGCAGCUUUGGGCAGCUUUUCUCCAGCUUUGGGGCAGUACUUUCACUUUACCCCUACUGUCAUGACUGGAUAAAGUGGCUUUUGGUUGAACUAAUUUCCUGAAUGCUUUAUUACUAUCAUGAGACCAUUCAGAAUAACGUUAUCUUAUAUUGUAGAUUAUUAUUUUUAACUGUAAGCAUUCCUUAUGAAUAUAAUCAAUACUUAAUGAUAAUGUGAAUUAUUUAUACUUGAUGAAUU